UAUCUUCAGCAUAGUGAACCAGGAGGAGCAGGGUGUAAAGUCUGACUGACAUCAUUGUUUCUGCGGGAUGUUGAGAGAUAGCAGGUUGUUUACGAGCUGUAGCUGUGGACAGAGGAGGGACAAGACAGCUUGAUAAGAGGACAGAAUCAAACAGGGCUUUGUGUUUCUGUCCAAGAGGAGGCCUGAUCCUGUCCUGUCUGACUGUCUUUUGCUUUGUGUGAUGGUGUCUGGUGCCUUCAGCGUCGUGCAUUUACUUAUCUCCAAGCUACAGACAUGAACAGUGGACACAACCAAGGAGGGAAAACACAGGUGUCGCCUGUGGUGGACGAGGUCUCGCAUUCUUCCGCGUCCUCCUCUGAGAUGCUUGACAUGGACUUGGGACCAGCGCCUUAUCAAGAGGUGCAGCCUCACUGGUUCUUCUGCCGACGGGCUGACGACAACGCCUCCUGGCUUCCCUUCAGCAGGGAGGACUCUGACAAACUACAAAAUGCCUGCGACACCGCAGGAGAAAAGAAGGAGGAGGUGGUGGUGGCUGUGGAUGGAGAGCGGUAUGACGUACAUGUCAAGGAAAGGAGGCGCUACGCUGUGUACUGGGAGCAAGCGCCCACUGAAGUCCGCCGCUGUACCUGGUUCUAUAAAGGAAACAAAGACGCCAGGUUCAUGCCUUACCCGGAGGACAUCAGCCAAAGUCUGGAGGAGGCUUAUAUGAUCGCAGUAACUUUGGACGAGUGGAAGAGGAAACUGGAGUUCCCCACUGGAGAGACUGUAAUCUUUCACAAUCCCAAAGUGAUUAUGCAGUAUAAGCGAAUAGGAUUGCAGGACGAGUGGGCGUCCUCACCCUCAGAGCAGACCAGGCCUCGAACUGUCAAGAGAGGAGUGGACAACAUCUCUGUGGAAAUACCUGAUGGUGAACCAGAAAAGGUGGACCACCUUGUCUUUAUGGUCCAUGGCAUCGGUCCUGCAUGUGACUUGCGUUUGAGGUCCAUCAUACAGGGUGUAAAUGAUUUCAGGAGUGCGUCUCUGUCCCUCCUGGCUUCUCAUUACAAGCAGGCUCAGCAGGAUGGUCAGAUAGGCAGAGUGGAGUUCCUCCCAGUCAACUGGCACAGCUCUUUACACGGGGAUGCCACCGGUGUGGACGAGGACAUCCAGAGGAUUACUCUACCCAGCAUCAGCAAGCUGAGACAUUUCACCAACGACACUCUGCUUGACCUGUUUUUCUACAACAGCCCAACCUACUGCCAGACCAUAGUGGACACAGUCGCCUCCGAGAUCAACAGACUGCACGCCCUCUUCCAUCAGAGACAUCCAGAGUUUAAAGGGGCAGUUUCAGUUGUGGGCCACAGCCUGGGAUCACUGAUCUUGUUUGACCUGCUAACUAAUCAGAGGACUGAUUCAGAGCCCAGAGAGGAGGGGCCCUCUGAUGAGCCCUCACACCUGAGCUGCGACACACUGGAGCAGACUCUUUCCAGCCUGGGCCUGCAGCAGUACCUGGAUACACUACAGGCAGACAACCUUGACCUGGAGUCUCUGGCUCUUUGCCAAGACGGUGACCUCAAAGAUUUAGGAAUUCCUCUCGGACCAAGGAAGAAGAUCCUGAACUACGCCAAGAGAAAUUGUCUUCCGGAGGCUUGUAAGACAGGCGCUGUACAUCUGGCUGCAGGGCGGCAAGUUCCACCUCAAGUGAACAGUGAUCUGCAUGGAAAGCCGUCUUUUGGAUUGACGGUCCAGCAGACCCAGUUCCACAGUGCACAGUCCAUCACCAGUGCUGUCGACUAUGAAUACUUUGACGUGGGCAUCGGACAGGUAUCCAUUGAGUACCCACAGCUGGCUUUCCACCCUCAAACAUUUUUUGCUUUUGGCUCUCCUAUCGGGAUGUUCCUGACUGUUCGCGGUCUCAAACGCGUUGAUCCCAACUACACCUUCCCAACCUGUAAGAGCUUUUACAACAUCUAUCACCCGUUUGACCCUGUGGCGUAUCGGAUAGAGCCCAUGAUUGUGUCAGAUGUGGAUCUGGAGCCGAUGCUGAUCCCUCACCACAAAGGCCGCAAAAGAAUGCACCUGGAACUAAAGGAUUUGAAGAACAACGUUUGGGGGUCGUUACGGACGGCGUGGCAGGCGUUUUCCAGACCACAAGUUGCUGCGCUGCCCCCGGUGGAGGAAGGAGAAACUACAGUAGAGAGAAACCUUCAAGAGACACAGGCAGUGUGUGACGAGGCAGAAUCCUCCGGUUCAGCAGAGGAGACGCAGCAGACUGAGAUUAAAGUGGGUAUGUUGAACGGAGGACGACGGAUCGACUAUGUACUUCAGGAAAAACCCAUCGAGAGCUUCAACGAAUACCUGUUUGCCAUCCAGUCUCAUCUGUGUUACUGGGGAUCCGAGGAUACCGCUCUGCUGCUACUGAAGGAGAUCUACGACAAGCUAGGUGUGGCCUUUGAACAGCCACAACAAUAAUUAAUUUUAUGAAUGAAGACUUGCUUUUGUGACCCGACUGUAACAUGAAAGAGAGAGAGAAUGAAAGACAGCUGACAGAACCAGAAUCUGCACAACCCUCUUCCAGAAUGACUUACCGUCUGGGUGUUACCUGACUGCCCCGCCUGUUGGCCCGCCCGUCACCUACAUUACAACUGCAGGACCAGAUCUGAUGUCUCAUAGUUGUUUGUAAUCCACCUGAACAUCACUGACAUGUUCCUGGUCGCACUUUUCUGUGUUUUAUUAGUAAUUCUUGAUUGAACUUACAAGCGGUUAUUGACAUAUCAUGCAUGUAGCUGCAGCUGAUUAAUAUUCUCAAUAAUAACUAUCAUGAUAACCAGAAGACACACAAUACUUCUAGAAUAGAUAAUUAGUUACCGAAAUGUAGAACUAUAACUAAAAAAUAACUAUCUUAACCUCAAACUUUAAGCUCUCCUGCAGGGAAGCUCUCUCCUGACUUUACAUUAGACCGCACCUUCAUGAAAAACUGGGUCAGCUGUUUAAAUUUGGUUAACCAUAAAAUGUUUACUUUCUGUUUAGAUGAAUAAGGGUGGAGGUGUUGUCUGUUGAAGUCCUUCAGGCAGCUAAAUUCUGUUUCUGUCAACAGUAAGGACACUUUAAACCCAAAGCUGCUACUCCUACAUUUCUGUAAUGAAACAAUAAUGUGGAUGUCGGCCACUAUCACUAUCACUAUCAUAAUCACUAUCACGUGAAGUUUGCCUUCUAAAAGAAUAAUCCUGAUGAGGUUUUGUUUCAGAAAUGAAGAAGUGAAACACAGGCACUUUACAAUGUCCUUUUGAUGACCUUUUUGUGUAUGUAUGUAUGUAUGUAUGUAUCCUCCUGUAAAUCAUCAGUUUGUUCUUCAUUCCCAGAUGCUAUCCCACUUAGAUUGUUGCCAUAUCAGUGGACCAAAUGGUUCAUGUCUGUCUUAUAUUCAUCAUAUUGCUUUGCCCUUUUUUGUUAUGUUAGAGCAUUAUUUCUCACCCAAUUCGGAGUUUUCACAUUGGAAUCAUAUUCAUUUUGCACAAUAACUAGAUAUAUAGAAUUUAAAUUUCAAAGCAUACUAAUUUAUUUUUAUAUUACAAUAUAUGAAACAGUGUUAGAAAUAUCAGAAAUCAGCACCUUCAUAUAGUAACAUGAGGUCAAGACUGUAAAGUUGAGAAACUCUCUGUGUUGAGUGAUUGAACUUUAUGAAUGACGGUUCUGUUUUGCACUGUCGGGGCCCCAACAGCUCCAAAUGUACUGUAUUAACACUCUCUGAGUGUAACAUCUGCACAAAACAUGUAAUUUUUCUUUGAGAAAUGCAUUAAAUACUCAGUAAUCACAUCAAGGGUUCCUUGAACCUCAUCAUACUCUCUGUUUCCGUUCAGUAAAACGAGACCUAAUGAUCUGUGGCUCAUCUUCAUGACUAAAACUAAUGUGCUUUUGCACUUGAUACUAAAAUAAAAAAAACAAACAAAUGUUCUUCUUUCCUAAUAAAUACCCUAUGAAUAUGGUUACAUCUUGUGUGUGCCAUAAUGAAACAG